AUGCAACCAGAAGACAUGGGACAACGUCUACCACCAUGUGACCGCGUUUUCAUCCAGCGUGAUUUCUCUGAAGGAACCGCUGUCCGUUUCCAAACUUCUCCUAUGCCACAUCAGCUGCGAGGUCGCGUGAGUUCUGCUACUAUUUACUUCAAAUCACUUGAUUUUCGUCUUCAGCUCAACCCAUCUGUCUACGCGGAUGCUAUUGGACAGUUGAAUAAAUUAUUUCACGAGGCUGAAUCAAUUUCUCCAGCCGUAUGCUUGGAGAACGUGCUCGGUUGUUUGACCGCCUAUCUAUCCUUUUUGUGCAUCCGCACGCAUUACGAAAAAAUACUAAAGAAAGUGACUUUGACCGUAGAGGAGUUAAACGAGAAGCUCUUCCUUCCUAGUGGAUUAUUGAUGAUUGAUCCUUCCGAACGAGGGCUCCGAGUUGUAUCCUUU